UUAAUGAAAGUUGAAUUUGGGUGCAAAAUUUAGUUUAAUAAUCAAUAAGCGUGGACGCCGGAUGGCCAUGCAAAGACAACAUCCAUUCAUGUCUAAGUUAGGGUCCACCUACUAAGCUUGUUUUGUAGCAGGAGCAGCUGUCGGCAUCCAAAAGAAGGUGGCAAUCGAACUUUAAGUCUGCAUCCUUAGCCUGCCAUCUAUUCUACAAGCAAAGAGCUUAUAAAAUGGACACAAUAUCAUUACAAAGGUAGAGAAGUGGAUAUCAAAGCAUGGCAGGGUGUGGUAUGAGUAUUAGAGCCAUUGUUGUAAGCUUCCUGGUUGCCCUGCAGCUGCUAACUCCUUGUACUGCGAGUGUCAGAAGAGCAGACCGUUUGAUUCCCCAAUCAGAUGUUGAUCUUUUAGAAUUCCCACUGAAUUUAGAGUACUUGGAAGCUGAAUUCUUCUUGUUUGGCUCUGUUGGAUAUGGUUUGGAUAAAGUUGCACCAUAUUUAACCAUGGGAGGGCCAUCGCCUAUUGGCGCUAAGAUGGCCAAUUUGGGUCCUUUCAUCAAGGACAUCAUCAUGCAAUUUGCCUACCAGGAAGUUGGUCACUUGAGGGCAAUUAAAAAUACAGUGAAAGGAUUUCCAAGGCCAUUGCUGAACUUGAGUUCAGAGUCAUUUGGCAAAGUGAUGGACAGAGCCUUUGACAGUAAGUUGAAACCACCAUUUGACCCAUAUGCUAAUGACUUGAACUUCCUCCUCGCAAGCUACAUCGUCCCUUACGUUGGACUCACUGGGUAUGUCGGAGCAAAUCCAAAGCUCAAAUCUGCUGCCUCCAAAAGGCUUGUUGCAGGUCUUUUAGGAGUUGAAUCAGGUCAAGAUGCAGUGAUCAGAACCCUUCUUUAUGAACGUGCAGCGAAGAGGGUUGAACCAUAUGGAGUGACAGUGGCAGAGUUCACGCAGCGCAUAUCAGAACUGCGGAAUGAGCUAGGACGUGCAGGCGUUAAAGAUGAGGGCAUUGUGGUACCCAAAGACAAGGGUGCUGAGGGUAAGGUCUCAGGGAACGUGCUUGCUGGAAAUGAGUACUCAAUCUCAUACGCAAGAACACCCGAGGAGAUUCUGAGGAUUGUGUAUGGUGGGGGUAAUGAGCGUGUUCCUGGGGGCUUCUAUCCAAAGGGCGCCGAUGGCAACAUCGCUAAAGCCAAUUUGGCGAUCAUGGCACCUACCGAGUAAUGUUGUUGUGCUUGUUUUCUAUUUCUAGAUCAUUAAUAAAGUGGACGUCAAUAAAGAGGAGUUUUCGAUACUGUUCUCUUUGA